UAAUUUAAUUUUAUAUUAAUUUGGUGGAUUUUUGUGUUGGUGCAUCUCAUUUUUUAAUUAUAAAUUUCCUUUCAAUUUGCACACUGCAAUUAGAUUAGAAAUAAGAAUUAAUUUUGGUGAAAUAUCAGCUACCAGAAAAGAUACUAACUUACUAUCAAUAAAAUGUCUGCAACCGAAGGAAAAGUCAUCAAGUGCCGUGCUGCUGUUGCUUGGGAAGCUAAAAAACCAUUAUCUAUUGAAGAAAUUGAAGUAGAUCCACCAAAGGCCAAUGAAGUUCGUAUAAAAAUUCUAUCGACUGGUGUCUGUCACACCGAUGCCUACACUUUGGAUGGCUGUGAUCCCGAGGGUAUUUUCCCUGUUAUUUUAGGCCAUGAAGGUGCCGGUAUUGUUGAAAGUGUCGGCCCUGGAGUGACAAAAUUCAAAGCUGGCGACCACGUCAUUCCAUUGUACAUUCCUCAGUGCAAUGAUUGUAAAUUCUGUCGCAGUCCUAAAACAAAUUUAUGUCAAACAAUUCGUUUGACUCAAGGCAGAGGAGUGUUGCCGGACGGCACUUCUCGAUUUCGGUGUAAGGGGAAAUCGCUGUUCCAUUUUAUGGGAACAUCAACUUUUACCGAAUAUACUGUUGUUGCUGAUAUAUCUGUUUGCAAGAUUAAUGAAAAAGCACCCUUCGACAAAGUUUGUUUAUUGGGUUGCGGUAUUCCAACUGGUUAUGGAGCAGCUUUAAAUACCGCAAAGGUGGAACCCGGAAGUACCUGUGCAGUAUGGGGCCUAGGUGCUGUCGGUCUUGCGGUUGCAAUGGGAUGCAAGAAAGCCGGAGCAUCGAAAAUCUACGGCAUCGAUAUUAAUCCGGAUAAAUUUGAAGUUGGCAACAAAUUCGGAAUCACUGACUUUAUAAAUCCAAAAGAUCACGAAGGAAAGGGUCCAAUUCAAAAUGUUCUAGUUGAUCUUUUAGAUGGUGGAUUUGAUUAUUCAUUUGAAUGUAUUGGCAAUGUAAAUACAAUGCGUGCCGCACUCGAGUCCACUCAUAAGGGUUGGGGUGUUUCGGUUAUAAUUGGUGUUGCUGCAUCUGGCCAAGAGAUCAGUACACGUCCGUUCCAACUUGUUGUCGGUCGGACAUGGAAGGGCACAGCUUUUGGUGGAUGGAAAAGUGUUGAAUCAGUUCCAAAGUUAGUUGAUGAAUAUUUGGCUAAAGAAUUGAUGGUUGAUGAAUUCGUUACGCACAAUAUGGAAUUGAAUGACAUCAAUAAAGCAUUCGAUCUUAUGCACGAAGGCAAGAGCAUUCGUAGUGUUGUUAAAUUGUAAAGGUUUUUAUUAUUGCACACUUUUUUUGUAAACAAUUUUGUAUUGAAAUAUUUUUGUAUGAUUAAAUGAAAAAAGUGAA